AUGGACAUGAACGGAGACCAAGAAAUUAAUGAAUCAAACCCACAACAAAAUAAUGAAUCAAACCCACAACAAAAUAAUGAACCAACCAACCCCGCAACAAAGAGUCAAAAAGAUAAACAAGGCGAUAAGUACACAAUUAUGUUGCUGAAAGAAAGAUGGGAGGAAAUUGAAAUACUUUUAAAAAGAAGAAAUACUUUAAAUUUAAUAAAUUUCGUAGUGUCAUCAUUUGUUAUUUUGUUUGGAAUAGCAUUGCUUUAUAUUUUUUGGAAAAAAAAUAUCAGUGAAACGGUUCAUAUUAUAACAUCAAGUGUUCUUGCUAGUAGUGGAGUUUUGGCUCUUUUAAAUAUUCUUGGCCAAGAGUGGAAACGAAAUAAGGAUACUGUUACUUCGUUGGUUGGAGUUGCUAAAAAGAUUCCACUUCCAUCUGAAAAAGUAUUCAUGCCUGCGUUGUUACAAAUACCUGAUGAACUCAUAAAUGAAGAGCUAGUUAGCAGGUGCAAAGAUUAUUUAAAGUUUUUAGAUCGUAUCAAAUAUCUUAUUAACGCUGAAAAGAGAAAUGGUGUAGUAGUAAUUGCUAUAUUAUCUUUAUACGUUAUUAUUACUUCUGUUAUCUCGAUUUUAAUUAAUAGUAAUAUUAUAAUCCUAUAUAUUAAUUCUGUACAUAUUGAUUUUAUAUUAGCUAUAAGUAUUAUCAUUAUUGGUUGCUUAUGGUUAUAUAAUGUAACAUUAUCUUUCUUUGAACGAACAGUUGAGAAAAUGUUGAAUUAUACUAUAGAACCUCCUACAUCCCCUGAUCACAUAAAACUUUUUAACUCUUCUGAUCACAUAAAGAUGAUUAUUUAUACUAUGAAAUUUAUAUUUUUAAAACCUACAAUAGAAGUAGUUAUAACAAUUUUGACAUAUUAUUACAUUUUUUCGAAAAGAUUAUAUUUAAUUGAUGAUAAGAAAUUUUCUCUAGAUGAUUAUGGUAAAGUAAGUUUCUUUGGAAAUGAUGAUAUUGUGAAUGAAUAUAAAGUAAGAAUUUAUGGAAAUAAGAAAAGUAGAAGGAAUAAAUACAGAACAAUAGAAUUAAUAAGAAGUGGAAUAAGAGAAUUUAAAAACCGUCUUAAUUUUUAUUCCUAUAUUCUUAUAGUUUAUUUAUUUUUACUUUACGUGCCUUAUACAUCUGCAACCUUUUUGGUUUAUAUAAUCACUAAGUUUCUCCCGAAUGAAGGAACUAAUACAAGCACGAGCUCUUAUGACAACCUUCAUCUCGGAGAGGAUAAAGAAAAGAAUCUGGCCGAAAUACUUGAAUUUGGUAAUCCAAUGAAUAUUGCUGAAAAAUAUGUUAUUUAUACAUUUAUACUAGGCUUUAGAAUGAAAACAGGAUUUCAAUUUAAAAUAGAAUCUACAGAAAUAACUGAAAAGCAAAGAGAAGAGAUUAGAAGCCUUUUGUGUGGAUUAGUUCAAUAUUCGUAUAUAUAG